AUGGCAAACCGCUUCGUUCGCUCCUCUAAAUACCGGCACGUGUUCGGCCGCCCGACUCGAAAGGAACAAUGCUAUGACAAUGUGAGGGUGUCGAAGAAUGCCUGGGACACCAAUUUGAUCAAGGCCAAUCCGGAAUACCUCUCGGUCAAUUGGGACAGCAGUGGCGGAGGAGCGUUUGCAGUCAUUCCCCUCAACGAAAGGGGCCGAUUACCGGAGCGGAUACCGCUCUUUCGAGGACACACCGCAGUGGUGUUGGACACGGACUGGAACCCAUUCAAUGAUUCUCUGAUCGCAUCAGGCUCCGACGAUGGAAAGGUGUUUCUGUGGCGGGUGCCUGAUGACUUUACGUUGCACCUAGAUCUUCCAGCGGACGAAGUCCAGGACAUUGCUCCGGUCGGCAAACUGAGCGGCCAUCCUAAAAAGGUUGGACAUAUAUUGUUCAAUCCCGCGGCCGAAAAUGUUCUCGCAUCAGCUGCCGGAGACUUCACAAUCAAGCUGUGGGACAUCGAGGCGGGUGCUUCCAAGCUCUCUCUGAAAGUUGGCGAGGUGAUACAGUCCAUGUCAUGGAGUGCAAAUGGAUCUCUGUUGGUCACCACCUCUCGAGACAAGAAACUGAGAAUAUGGGACACGCGGCAAGAGAAACCGGUUCACGAAGUGGCGGGUCAUGCCGGCGCGAAGAACAGUCGGGCAGUAUGGAUGGGUGAACACGACCGGAUUGCCACGACAGGCUUCUCGCGCAUGAGCGACCGUCAGCUCGCGCUGUGGGAUAUCAGAGCUCCCCAGCAGCCCGUCGACGGGUUCCAGAUGCUCGAUUCGAUCUCGGGAGUCUGCAUGCCUUUCUGGGACGAUGGCACACAAUGUCUGUAUCUUGCUGGCAAAGGAGAUGGGAACAUUCGAUAUUACGAGUACGAGCACGACAAGUUCGAGUAUUUGUCCGAGUACAAAUCUUCCGACCCUCAGCGCGGCGUUGCAUUCGUGCCCAAGAGAGGAGUGAAUAUGCACGAAAACGAAGUCAUGCGCGCGUACAAGACGGUGAACGACAGCUACAUCGAGCCCAUCUCGUUCAUUGUGCCCCGAAGAGCGGAGACCUUCCAAGAAGACAUCUAUCCACCCACAGUUGGAUUGAAGCCUGCCAUGAGCAGUAAAGACUGGUUCGACGGCGCCGAGGGACUGCCGCCAAAGAUCUCGCUCGAGAGCCUCUAUGACGGUGCCGGGUUGAAAGAGGUGGCAGCAGACGAAGCCCAGCCUGUGAAGAAGACCCCGGAGCCGGUGAAGCUGCCGGAGCCAAAGAGCGACAUUGCCGCCAAAUCAGAGCCCGAACCGACUCCCACCACCGUCCGAAGUCCGCCUCCAACCAUGAAGGAACAAGGCGCCACCAUGAUGGCAGCGGCCACCAAGUUCCAAGACACCGAGCCGGUGGAGCAGGACGAUGACGAUGAUUCCAGCUUCGAGGAGGUUCAACCCCCCGUGGAAAGAAAGUCCGCAGUCCAGCCAGCUGCUGCCGAAGUGAAGAAAGACGCACCCACCCCGGUCACCAGCACUGUCUGGGAAGAUGUGGAAGCACCGGAGCCCAAACCGGCGUCGUCGUCGUUGACUGUCAAGGGGACGGAGCCCAAAAACACUCCAGCGCAUACAGACACAGCCGAUGAAGAGCCUGCCGUUCCGGGCAGUGGCGCAGCUUCAGAACCACUAGAGGAUGAGAUCAAGAACCUCAAGGCGUUGAUCGCGCAGCAAUCGCAGCAGCUGACCGGCUUGACCCAGACGCUGACCGAACUUGUAGCCGAGGUGAAGGCUCUGAAAUCAUCAUGA